CUCCCGGGGCCGCGCCGCGCGCGCGCCGGUUCUGGGCGAGGCCCUGCAGUAGCGGCAGGGUUCCUCCCUCUUCUGCUCCUCCUUCUCCUUCCCGGCUCCUCCCCGACCACCCCCUCCGGCGCUCUCGCGCUAACUGUGCUUCUCUGGGCCCCGUCCGCCCGCUCCCAGCCAUGGUGGCCUGGCACUCGGCGUUCCUCAUCUGCCUCGCUUUCUCCUUGGCCACUCUGGUCCAGAGAGGAUCUGGGGACGUUGGUUUCAGUCUGGAGGAUGCAUUGGAAGAAACUUCCUCAGUAAAGCAGAGAUGGGACCAUGUCACCACCACAACCAGGAGACCGGGAGCGACCAGAGCUCCAGCAAAGCCUGCAGGUAGUAAAUUUGACUUGGCUGAUGCUUUGGAUGAUCAAGAUCAUGGCCACAGGAAGCCGAGUGCAGGAGGAGGAGAGAGACGGGACCAUGUCACCACCACAACCAGGAGACCGGGAGCGACCAGAGCUCCGGCAAAGCCUGCAGGGCCCCCUGAAGAAAAAGAAUUUGACUUGGCCGAUGCCUUGGAUGAUCGAAAUGAUCAAGAUCAUGGCCACAGGAAGCCGAGUGCAGGAGGAGGAGGUUUUUCAGACAAGGAUCUUGAAGACCUAUUAGGGGGUGGUGAAUACAAACCUGACAAGGGUAAAGGUGAUGGCCAGUAUGGCAACGGGGAAGACUCAGGAUCCGGCAUGUCCGCAGAGACCGGCACCAUCGCCGGCGUGGCCAGUGCUCUGGCCAUGGCCCUGAUCGGCGCUGUCUCCAGCUAUAUCUCCUACCAGCAGAAGAAGUUCUGCUUCAGCAUUCAGCAGGGUCUCAAUGCGGACUACGUGAAGGGGGAGCACCUGGAGGCCGUUGCGUGUGAGGAGCCCCAAGUAAAAUACUCAGCGCUGCAGACGCAGUCCGUGGAGCCGCCGCCGCCGCCGGAGCCGCCCCGGAUCUGAGGGGCUGACGCGAGGCCCCGCUCCGCCUGGCAGGCUGUGGGCACACAGGGCCGCUGCUUGGGACCCAGCUCCUUGUUACGUUUGGACCCACGGCUGCCACGCUGCUCCUUCGAUGUCAUUGGCUUCUUGUCGUUCUCAGUUUCCGGACGAGCUCUGGGUGUUCGGGAGUUUGGCUCGUGCACCCGCCCUGCCGCACGGCCUCCGGAGAGCCUUUCUGCGGAAAUCCUUAGUGAGCUGGGAAGGGGGAGACUGAGCGGAGGGCGGCCAGAGGCCACGCGUGCUGCAGGGCAAGAGUCUGAACCCGGGGCCCUGCCAUCCCCUCCGCUGCACUGCCUUGCUGGGCGGGUUUCUGCCGGGAGGCAGUCCUGGCGGUGACCUGGAAGGGCUGUCGGCAGGGGUGCGGCCGCGAGGAGCACGCCGGUGAGUGCCGGGUGACACCGCUCACGUGCCACACCCAGGGGUGUUUUUAUUUCCAUCCUUCUUUCCAGCUCCAGGCCUUAUGCCGCUGGGCUUCCCAAGAGCUGGCACAAGUGGUGGCCUUUCAUUUAAGUGAAAACGUGCAUGUCACAGUAUCCCUGCCUUGAGAGUUCAGGAAUCUUCUGGAUGUGUAGGAGGCUGUGGCUCUCAGGCCUAAUUCCCGUAUGAUGCCGUGGGACCGGACGUGGUCUCCAGGCUGACACGAUUAGUUUGAGGGAUCAUUUAUGCUGUGGCGGUGAGUUUUCUACUGGGGCUGGGGGCAUGUGUGUGCUUAUUUUGGCAGCAAAAGCUACAGACGUCAGGAACGAGCGUCAGAGCCUGAAGCAUGCCCGUUGUUUGCCUAAAGAUGUACGUAGUGGGGAGGGGAGGGGAGAGGGACGUUGGCUUGGAGUGGGAGCUCACCGGACUCGGUGAGUCUCUAGUCAUCCUGCCUGUCCUCUGACGGACAGCGCGUGGGGGCCCGCGGGCACCCGGACCGGCGGCCGCUGUCGUGUUUGGCUGGAGCAGAGCUGCCUUCCUGGAACAUUUGUCAGGCCCACGUGUGGUCCUGAUCCUGGGAGCGCUGCUGUCCGGCUGAGCUAGAGUCUAGAGCCACCGUCUAUGGAUAAUGAGUUUGCGGUGUCAGAGAGCACUUCUGGAAGCAUCGUGUGAGUCAGCAGGAAGGCGGGGUCCUAUUAAUCCAGCUUCACGUGCUGCAGGACUGCUGUGUCAGCCCCUUCACGUCCGCUAGGUUGGGAUGAGGCAACUCCGACUUCUUAGGGAGACAGUUGACAUCUGAACAGACCCCGCAGCUUAGAUGGCCUCGUGUGUUCGUGUUAUACAGGGCGUGCCGUGGGCCCCCCGACGCCCCCGCCUGCAGGCUCAUGCCAGGCAGGCUGGAUCGUGUGCGGCCCCCGAGCUCCAGGAAGUGAGCAGCAGAGGGGUCGCUGGUGAGGUCUGCCUGUUUCCAGGAUCUCCCCGCCCUGCCCUCGUGGGACAGGCUGUUGUCAGCUUUGCCAGGCUCGUCCCUCUCCAGGCUGGCCAGGGCUGAUGUCCCCACCCCCGUGCUGCUGGGCUGGAGGCGGCUCUGAGGGACUUUAGGUGACAUCAAGCUAUGAAUGCAAAACAGGGUGACCUCAGGGCCCAGGGAGGGCCCGUGUCCUGAGUAACAGGAGUUGGGGACGGAUCAGGGCAGCGCUCAGAAGCUCAUCGCGUUAGGAGGGCUGCUCACCAACGUUCCCAGGCAUUUUAAAGAAGGAGACGAGGCAGCACUUGUGUGUGGUAAGAUGCUUCUGUCUCAGCCACUGGGAAGGUGCACAUUUAUAGAGAAGUCAGUCACGGCAGUGACUAGGAAGUGACGUGGCCCAUGUGAUUCUGGGCAUGGCCGGGCACGGCGCCCCCGGUGGGCCACCUUAGCUCUGCGGCGAGGCUCAUCUGAUGGUGAAGACCCUGAAAUCCUAUCUGUGAUGUGAAGUCAGCGCCCUCUGCAAAUCCAUUUUCUCAGUAGCACUGACUUUGGUUAAGAGAGACCCAUCGUGCUCUUCUUGUCUAUCUCAGUGCCCUGUGUGGCAAGCCCAGAGCCCAGCACCCAGCCCUGUGCCAGUGACCGGAGAGGCCUUGAAAGUCACUCACCCACCCGUUUGCAGGGCUCACAUCCUGGGGACGGGGCGGGUGGGGGACCGAUGCUGGCCGAUGCCCGGGGGCUCUUGUAGCUGUGUCCACCUGGAGGCUGCAUCAACCGGCUUGGGCCCGUCCCAGGUGGUAGUGGAGAUGGUGAGUGAGCUAGAAAGGCCAGCUGACAGUAUCUGAUCACUGUCAGCUUAACUGGGGACGGGGAGAGGGGGCUCAGUGUUUACAGUAGCAACUCCGAGCCCCUGGGGGAAGGAGGCAGGACUGCCUAGCCGGCUUGGGCACCCUCCCCCCAUGGCACCCAGAGAGCAGCGCCUCGGCUGCUUGGGGUGGGGGUCAGUACCAGUUCUCUGAGGAAGAAGAGGUGGACACUGACCUCAGGAUCCCCGAUACUUUCUCUGUGCUCGUGUUUAAUUGUGAAUUGUAAGCUCUCUCAUGUUCGCAUUAAACAAAACGGAACCUAA